AUGAAUAAGCAGAUGUUGUCGUGUUCGAUAAAGGGGACCAGACAGACGACGACCGUUGUCGCCACAGAGGCCAGGGGACCUGAUCAACAGGUGGAGGUGACGUACAGCGACUUGAAGGUGGUCGGCAAUGGAUCAUUCGGGGUCGUCUUCCUCGCCAAACUUCAGGAUACCGGUGAACAAGUAGCAAUCAAGAAGGUGCUGCAAGACAAGAGAUUCAAGAACCGCGAACUCCAAAUAAUGCGAAAAUUGACCCAUCCAAAUAUCGUGAAAUUGAAAUAUUUCUUCUAUUCUGGAGGGGAGAAGAAGGAUGAGCUGUAUCUCAAUCUAAUACUCGAAUACGUACCGGAGACGGUGUAUCGAGUAGCGCGUCAUUAUAUCAAACAACGACAAUCAAUUCCAAUGUUAUAUGUCAAAUUAUAUAUGUAUCAACUAUUCAAAGCAUUGGCUUAUAUUCAUGGCAUUGGUAUCUGCCACCGUGACAUCAAACCCCAGAAUCUGUUGAUUGAUCCGGAUAGUGGCGUGUUGAAGCUGUGCGAUUUUGGAUCCGCCAAAUAUUUGAUUCGGGACGAGCCGAACGUCUCGUAUAUCUGUUCUCGAUACUAUCGUGCCCCCGAGCUAAUCUUUGGCGCUACAAACUACACCAAUUCCAUCGAUAUUUGGAGUGCUGGCACGGUAUUCGCGGAGCUGCUCCUCGGCCAACCGAUAUUCCCUGGAGAUUCCGGUGUCGAUCAAUUGGUUGAGAUUAUCAAGGUCCUUGGCACCCCAUCAAAAGAACAAAUCCAGCACAUGAACCCCAACUACAAGGAGUUCAAAUUCCCACAAAUCAAGGCACAUCCAUGGUCCAAGGUAUUCCGAGCGACAACCCCUCCCGAGGCGAUAGAUCUCAUCUCACAGAUCAUCGAAUACACUCCCUCAUCUCGACCAACACCACAGGCUGCAUGCCAACAUGUUUUCUUUGAUGAGCUGCGCAAUCCAGAGACAAAAUUGCCGAACAACCGGGCCCUUCCCCCACUCGAUCACCCGGAUACGGAGACGGCCAUUGGACAGGAUAGC